AUGGAUGAGGUGUUCUUGGAAAUAGAGCACGAGGUCUCGCGCCGUGUCUUUGCCUCCGACAUUAUCGGCCGGCUUCGCAUGCUUUCGACGCGGCGGAACUUGGUGGCCGUGAGCAGGACUGCUUUAGGGGCAGAAUUGGGCGAAGACACCGCGGAUAUCCUCCUAGGCGGGUUUAUCGGUUGGAAAUAUGUCUGGGUCCUCUGGAACAAUAAAGCAGACACCUGUGUAGUUUCAUGCAGUUUUUGGGGCAGGAAGGGGAACAGCAACAAAAGGUUUAGAGUGCACACAUCAGGGGGGCUUGCCCAUGCCUAGUCUGCAUGAAAACAAAAGUUGCAUAUUUUUAUAGUGGCUCUACUAUUUUGGUAGAUUUUUGAGUAAAAACUUUUUCCUGUUCCAGGAGGGGAUUGCGGCCCCCCCUUUUUCGACGCGUUCGGACUGAGGAUUGUUCCGCUUUCUCUAAAUAAAAUAGCAGCAGCUUAGGCAACAUCCAGGCAUCCAUAAUGCGCGUCACAAGUUUGUGCGUUUUUUUGCUUCCAGACCCAAAGGCAUUUGCAAUGCAUAGGGUUCUCGAAGGAGGUGAGAGGGGAGCUCCAGUGUAUUAUGUCUCUUCUUUUGAAAGGGGACGUUGGAACAGGUUGGAUGGACAACAAGAGCGUAUCGGAGCACGGAUAUGCGGGUGCUGGCACCCCGCCCCCCUGGGUCGUAACUGGUGGCGCUGACUUCGCUAAUGCGUCCGCCGGAGGAGCGCCGCGUGCGGCUGGUGUGGUCGUGAACAAUGGCAGUGCGGCGCGACCAAGUGGACAAGAUCAAGCCGGCAGCGGACCAGGCGGGGCUUCUAGUGGAGUAGGUGCAGCAGGAGCUUAUGCAUGGCAGAACCAUCGCCCUAGUAGUAAACGCUUCACAAAUAUAUAAUUUUUUCAAGAACAAAAAUAGAAAUUAAGAAAAAAACAAAACUAAAGAUUUGUGAUGCAUGGAUGGCGGUGAUUAGUUUUAGUACGAGUGCGAUAGUACUUCUGUACAGCAUAGAGCAAACGCAGGGGCAGCAGCCUACUCGUCAUCUUCCUCUCUGCCCCCGACGGAUGCGGGCAGUGCAGCUGCUGGCACACCUCCGCCUUGGGUUAGUAGUCAGUCCGGCGGCAGUGUGGGGGCCUCCGAAGGCGGGGGCGGUAGCGGUGCUUUUUAUGCCCCUGCUGCAGAAGAUAAUUCUCGUGCCGGUCGUCCGCAGGCCAGCAACCAGUCUACCGGUUCGACGAGCUCCGACAUUUUCGCCGAUCCGGAAGCGCAUGCGGAUUCCGACGAUGGACUAAUCUGGAAGGCUUUCAGGGAUGAGGCGACCCAGGAGCCCGUCUGCCUGCGCCACGCGCGACAUGCGUCAGGAGUGCACUGGUUAUGGAUUGCAAAAAUGUCUGGGUCUGGAAGAAUGCAGGAGUUUGUCAUGCAGAUUUUGCAUGACCCAUGAGGUCUGUGAUGCAUGCCCUAGCAUCAGAGAUUGUGCGAGGGCUUUCUGAUGCCCAUUCUGCAUGAGAAAUGCCCUCUCCGCGUAGCACAAAUUACACCUCUUUUGCUGUUCUUGCAAUACAGUUUUUAUGUAGAUUCCAAAAGUAGCAUCACAAGUUGUAUCCUUCCAGACCCAGACAUUUUUACACUUGAUACUGGUGGCCUGUCUACCAUAUCAGCCCGGAAUUGCAGACCAAGUUGUCGGCCUGGAAUGAUGACCGCGUUGUGAAUUUUCAGGAGCCGAUAUGCGGAGGAAAAACCUCCCUACACUAUAAUUGUCAUGCAAAUCUGCAAGCCUCAAAUCUAAUCUGCACUCUGAUUGCCACGCACAAACUAAGCCUUAAGUUGUCGCUGUGCCCAUUGUGGUUCAGCAGUGAAAAACAGCUGGCCAAUUAUUGCCUGACAACUGUGAAGAUCCGUGCCCUUGAUAUCUUCGUCCGUGCCACAGGUAAGGCACGAAUGGCCAAGCCUCCCCUGUCCGAGUGGGUUAGCGGCUUAGGGGAGAGGCUCGCCCCUUAAUUAAAGGGGUGCGUCGUCUCUUCCGUGAGAGCAAAAACAUAUGGCGGGAAAUGGGUCGGGUCCUGGAUCAUUCUGUAUGGGGCAGCAGUCGCGCUUAGCUAGCCGGCUGGGCUUUCUUGGCCGGGUGUGGUGGGUAAGUAGUUCCCGACUGGUCAGUAAUUUUUAUCGGGUGACUUACCGGGGUAGCGCUUGGCUUUUGUAUGAAGAUGAGGUCGCCGAAAGUGCUUCCUCAUCCUCGCCCACCCCCCGGGGAGGAGAUCUUUGUCCCGUGGCGCUGUGUGUGGGUGUCCAUUACAUGAUGGUGAUGGUGCAGAGCCCCAUGAGGAGCAUUCUGUAAUGCUGUUUGGUAGUUUGUCAUGCUAGAAUCAGCAUAAGGGAAUCAAUCGAUUUGUGGCGCAGCUACAAUAGCUAAACGCGAUGACACGGCGAGCCCAAUUUUGUCCUGCGCGACAGCCAAAAGAUGCUGGCUCUGUGUAUCCAAAUCCCCAUCUUGACUAUGGGGUGGGGACGUUUUUGCAUAGGAUAGCCGACGUCGAUCGCACACUGGGCCGCAGACACGAUGACGGGAAAUCGCGAGGUUGACGGCGUUCUGAAUAUUCUGGCGAAAAUUCCAUGCCCGAUGAAGCACCAUGUGCUGCGCACCAUCGACUUCAGCGAUAUCGCAAUCGGGCGGUCGCGGGCCUAUCUGAUCCCGAUAGGCCUGGCGUGUGGUGUCGCUGCCAUAGUGAGCGGCGGCUUCAUCUCGUCGUGCGUGUCUCCAGAGCAGACUCUUCAUCGGGCGAACAAGGACCUACUGGGGCAGCUGCGUCGCCAGCAGCAGCGCAGAGCCGCAGCGGAGAAGCAGCUUAGGGCGGCAAGGAAGGCGCUGCGAAAACGGCAAGUCAACAGUUGUGUAGCAUCGGCUAGUGCAGGAGUAGCCAACAGUGGUGAGGAGGCUGCUCGUCAAUUACAUGGUUUCUGCGCUCCUCUUCAUGAUGGUGGUGAGCAAGAAAAUGAUCUCGAGCUGUCCAGGCGCAGUCGCAGAAGCAAUAAAAGCGCGAGUACUUGUUCUUCUAAAGGGAGCGCGAGUUGUGUUACUGGUGGUGCUCCAUCCUCUACAUCUUCUAGAAAGUUUCGCAUGCACCUGGUCGCGCUCGGUCGUUGCGGACCCUGUUUUCGGAGCAGCAAGAAAACGCAAUCAGAGGUAGAAGAUGGCCAGGAAGAAUCCUCUCCCGGCAGUGACGAUAGUUGUAGUUCAUCUGUUUGCUCCUCGUUAUCUGGCUCCUCCUCAGAUUGGUCUGGUUCCUCUCGUUCCUCUUCUGGUACAGGGUCGGACUCAGACUCCGCUGUGGGAGGAAACGCUCCGGCGCAGGUUAUUGAUAUCACACGAGCAGCGCGCUGUCUUCGCAGGAGCAGGAGCCGACUGGUUCCAGCGGAGAAAUUAUUGUCAAAGCAGUGUACUAAGAAUCGCCGUGCUAGAUCCACCUCCGAUUUUUCUGCAGCUGCGUCCAAACAUCAAAAAGGGAGGAAAAAUAUCAAGAACAAGCAGGACCUAGACCUCCUCGACUGCAGCUCUCCCGGCGUUCAGAAAUAUGACAUCGGACUGCUUCCCGUCGACCUGGACGACAAGAAUUGUUCUGCCCGGGGAACAAAGGAGUGGACGCCCAUUCAAGUCGUGCCCGGGGAGCUGUUUUCCAGUGGCGGAGAGGAGGAGGACAAGAGACUCUUCGCACAAGAUUUGCUCGCCAGCGAUGCUGUUGAUCCGAAUCUGAUGGAUGUGGAUCGUUCGUCCGAGCAACGAUGUCACCACGGCGCCGCAUCUACUUCGAAGAAGGUCCUCGCCGGAGGGGGACCACAAGACGGGGAGCAGCUGGACGACCAGCAUCAUGCAAGCGUCUCAUCUGGACGAGCACGAGGCGACGUGACAUCAAACUUACUGCACGUAGGCCAAGUUGACGUGGACGGACUGUCCGCGUCGCAAGGUGCUGGAGGCAGUAUCAGUAACGGGGGGGCGACACAGCUUUUUCCCGCCCGUACUGGUGGCGACUCAACCUCCGGUAGUAGGGGUCGUGGGGACAAUGACCACGGCCAGAAAGUUCAGGAACUGGACGAGGACGUGCAGCCGGAGGAAAAAAGACUCGGAGAUCAAGAAGAAGAAGGUGAGGCAGAGCGGGCCGUCGAACCGCCCUACAAUCACCCGUACCAAGAGGUUCCGUACCCGAACACGUAUUUCGACGUCAACGAGUUCGUCGCGCAGACGCAGAGAGAGGCACUACAAAGGGGCCCCGGUGGAGGAGCAGGCUCUGUCCUUGUGGGAGACGUCGAGGUAGGGGCACCGGUCGCCGCCGGGGGUGACAGCACUCGGAUUGGCAUCACCGACGCGCGGCCGGGGACGGGGCCCCCAACGUCUUCGCGGGCGGACACCGCGGAGCUGUGCGAGGGAAUCCCCACGUCCGUUUCGGAGAUGGCCCGCAAUCCGAACGUCAGUUUUUCCAAGCGCGCGGCCUUCUCGGGGCACUGGAAGCUGCUCAGUUGCGAAAAUUUUACGAAGUCAGCCCGGUCCCAGGUACCGCCGCGAUUCUUCGGGCUCCACAUCUACGGGGACGUGCUGCAGGACCGGGUGAACCAGCAGCCGCAGCUAUCCGGAGUAAAAACGUCGCCGCCACAGGGUUGUCGUACCGAUUUGCAUCUACAGCUUGGCACACUUCUUGUAAUGCGCAUCUUCAUGAUUAUGAUAGCCAUUUUCGAUCGUGUUUCGGCAUUUGUAAUGCUUUUAACAGGGUCUAUAAGGAGACGACUUUGUGAAGAUGCGGCUGUGCAACUUGCUAACCUGCACUACAAUACAGAGACGUACCUGUCAUGUCAUGUGUGACUCCCCAAACAACUUUCGGAUUAUUUGUGUUGCAGAGUUCUUCCCAACUUCACUCUGGGCCGGGGACAUUUUUACACCGGAUAGCAGCAGCUUAGGUUUCUUUCGCAGACCCGCCUGCGCGCGGAAAUUCUCGAUCGCGAGCGCAUGCUGGUGAUGAGCGCGCGAGCGGUUCCCGACGUGGACCCGCCAGAGGAACAGCAUUUUGAUUGCGAAUAUGACCACGACAAACGUGCUGACCGCCGAGACCACGGGCUGGAUCUUGAACACGAAUCGGCGUUGCAGAAUUCCGUCUGCGAUGAGCCCAUGCAUAUUGCGGAUCUCAUCGAUGGAAAAGAUACAGGAGCCGCUUGCGCUGUGCCUGGUCAAGGGGAAGAUAGCAGUAGCGCGCAUCAGUCGGCCAUCGGGCAGGAGAGUCCGGUCUCUCUACUGGCCAGCACUUCUUCCCGGCCCGGGGCGCCCCCCAACAGCUUGCGGGGCGAGCGUUCUUUGCUUCUGUCUGGAGGAAAGUGGCCCCGGGAGAAAAGUGGUUUCGGCUCCGAACAGACAGAGCAAGACACUUUUCGCCGGCGCGAGGGCGUUUUCGACAACGAGCUGGGUUCCUCGAGGGAACAAAACGAGACCUGGGAGGAAGAUCUGCGAGGACCUGACUCCGGAGCCCCUUCGUUCUCGCGGAGCAGAGGCACCGCCGGUCGUGGGGCUGCAGGCUGGGACAGGUACAUGGAUGAGCAGCCGCGAGGAGAUAUGACCGCGAGUGAUGGGAGCGGGACAAGCAGCAGUGGUGCCCCUAGCAGCCAAGAGCAGUCCUCCAGCAACGGCUUCGGCAGGAGAUGCGUACCGGGUGCAGGAGCAUUUGCUCAAGAACGACAUGAAGUACCUGAAGAGCACCGCCAACUUCAGCAGCCGCUGUCAUCAGCAAGGAAGACGAAAGCCGAGAAUGAGAAACAAGCUACUACCUUUACGCCGGAAGGUACUUAUCAUGCAUCAACACAAGGGCGGCGUGGGCGUCUCGCCCGAUCCCGUGGCCCUGAGCCUUCCGAGACACCCCGCGACCCUUUUGAGACACACCGCGACGAGCUGGCCCCUGUGUGCCCUUCUGAAAGCCGCCCAUCCAAACCCCAACUAUUGACUCCACCGGGAAAGGCGUCCAUCUCGGCGCGCCGCUAGGGUUACCGGGAGGUGACCCGGCCAAAGCCUUCACACUUCUCAGAGCCAAGCGCGGGGAGGCAUUUGACUCGGGCCGCUGCGGCAGGCGGACACGAAAACUUCCGCAGUUCCGAGGCUGCUGGAAAACAGUUCCGCCCAAAAAACGCCUCACCCGCGAAAGUCCCGCCUUUUGGUGCGUUCACCGAAAUAUGCGCGCCUUUUUCAUUUGUUCCCGGAUUGAAAUUAUGCCUCCGCCCUAAAAUCAUCCAAAGCCAGAGGGCCCCGCCAAGCGGGGCGCUCACUUCUACGCGCCCUUUCGCGGUUGGCACGGUAAAUUGGACUCAUGUCCGGCAAUCAGAAGGUGUGCAUGUGUGGUCCUCGGGCAUGGACCCGCCUACGCCCAGCAUCAGGGCGGAGCAACGUGUGUGGGCCAAAAGUGUCCACAUGGAUUACGCGCAGGCUUCUGCAGUUCCUUUCAUUUUGGUGAUCCGGGGGAAAAUCGAAUCCAGGCCAACCCUCGGACAGGGUGGCGGACCCUUUGGAGGGUACCGGCCGGCCCUCUAGAGGAGGAGGGGCAUAUGUAUAGCGGGGCACCGGAGGCCCUCUAGAAGAAAAACCGCCGCAAAAUCCCUCUCCGCCUUAAUUUCAAAGCCACUUACUUAGUAAGUUUGAUACUGGGCGGUCGCUGGUGGGUCCUGUGCGGCUCAGUCGUGUGUCGACGGUUGUGCGAGCUCUAACGACCUAGUCCACCUGUGUAGUUUCAUCUAUGUGAUAGUGAUAUUCCGUUAUGUAAGCCCCUGCAGCUCCACUUCCAAAAACUACUUUCUUCAGGCAGCAAAAAUCGCGCGCCUACCCCUCCUCGUGGUCUUUCAGUUGUAGCGCCGGCACUUCCGCGACCGCAGGGAGCCUGUGCCUCUGCGUCUGCUCCCCGUGAGGGAGAUGGAACAUCGGGAGUAGAGCAGCAAGAAACAACCAGCGAUCCCACGAGUAGCCGUCCGAGUUCCUCUCUGUCGAAGUACUAUAAUCUGCGCGGAAGCUCGGAUUUAUCCCAAGCAGCCGGAGGACAAGACGGAGAGAACGAGGAGGAUCUGGCAGCUCGGGAGGUUCUUGAUCAAAUGUACGGCGACGAGGAACUACAACUACAAGGCGGGCAACAUGGUGUUGAAGCUGCGACAACAUCGAGGAGGGUGCCGCGCCGCGUCGAACACGACGUCCGGUCGCUCUGCGUCAGCGAGUACAGCGAGAAAAACGCGAAGAGCGACCUGGUGGCCUUCGGGCCCGCAUGGGACAGUUCGCGGAUCACGUUGCGCCGCGAGUACAUCGACCGGGAGAACAAGAAAGGGGAAAUAGAGACGCAAGAGUACCUGGUGAUCACGCGCAACGGGGCCACGAGGCGAGGAGUGCGUCAGCUGCUCUUCCCCUACGAAGUGAUCACGAAUGCUUCCAGCAACGAGGAGGAGGACUUGGACAGUGAGGGGGUGCCCCGCCAGCUCCCCCAGGAAUGGUAUGUGAGAACAAAUGAAAAAUUCGAACCCUUACCACUAGGCACCCGGAAGGAUUUACCGGCGAAGAUUAAAGAACAGCAACUCUCGUCCAUUGGUGCUCAACAAUCCUAGACAUUUGAACGCGACCAACAUCUCUGUCGUCGAGGAGCACAAGGACGACAACGAGAAGCCGAGGAAUGGAAGCAUUUAUGUUGGAGCUCUGUUGUAAUAUUGCUAUUGCGCGACUUGUGUACUCCUACAGGAAGAAUCGUGCGCCGUGCGCUCCUGCCGCCCACAAGGUAAGCAAGUACCUAAUUCAUUCCCGAUCUACCAAACGAACUCGACACGUCAGAGGCUAAGUAUCAUAGAUUGGGACUAGGUCGCGCAGCACCAGCGCGAACCUCGUGCGGGCCGGAAUAGGUUAACCACCUCUGUGGUCCCAUUUUUGUACACAGAGUUGGUUCCGAAGCAUAACCAUCGGAGUUUGCCCGUGCCCGAUGCGCAAGCGGACGGCCAGCGAGAGCAGGUGGGGAGGGGCCUAAUCCCCCGCGAUUGCCACGCGCGCGCGCGUUAAAGGCACGCACCGACAUGGCGAAGCUGAGGACGCCGGCCGCUAUGAUCUAACGCAGGCACGUCCUGGGCAGCGGCAGCCGGAGCGCGGGUCGUACGACUCAAACCUUGACGAAAGUCCACCGAGGUGCGCCAUUCCGUGCUGCCAUCCCGUACUGGGAGGCGGCGCCUGUGCCGCCGGUUUAGCCGGAACCCUCGCUGGUUGAUGCACCUCUGUGCGCACUCUGGCUGGCUAGUAAGGAGCUAGGGCGUGAGGCUGUGAACGGGGUGCGCAUUGCGUGUUGAUGUCUGCUUACGCAGACCCGCUUGGCUUGCGAGCAACUUCUUUCAUUAUGACGGGUUUAUCCUUGGAAACGAUUCGACACCACACCAGCCGAGCAUAGUUGUGGCCACCUCUGUGGUGCGUGAAUUAGCUAGGAACUGCGCGGCCUAGGUGCAUACGACAGCGGCCUCCGAUCUACGUCCUCGGCAGCGCUGCGCGAGGACUGUACGAGGCAGGACAGCUGGCGAGCCACACUGGAAACGCGACAAAGCCGACGGGAUACGCCUAGCGGAUGAGCCACAGGGCGGCAACCUCGGAAGGGGGCCUUGGCCACGGGACCCCCCACUUGUUGCAGCCUCUGCUGCGCCCGGCGCUGCGACCUCUCUGUGCAGUGCUGGAGCACGGUCCGACCCACGUCUGUGGGCGGACAAGUGCGACGUCACGCAGCCAUCUCUGUGGCGCCGACGUCGCGGCGCGGUUCCUGCUGCGCGCCCCGCGACUGUAUAUUAUAUCUGUGCACAGGACGCACGCUGCGAAGCAGCGCUGAUGCACUUACUUAUAUACACCAGAACUGGAGGUGGAGUCCACCAAUGUUGAAGUGCGUGACCUUGUGAAACAUACGUCGGAAAGCUGUGAGCCCGUCGGGCGCCAGCGCUGCGGGGAUUUGAGAAGGAGACUGAGUUCGCGCCACGAUAAAGCAAAUGCUACCAAAUCACAUCACGGAUCAGGUACCAACAGGGCGGAAGAGACGGGUGCGAAUCUGAUAACUACACGCUGCGAAGUAGACUGGUUCAUUUGCCGUUCUGGAGAUGAAAGGUUACCUAUUGAUCACCACUGCGACGAACGGAGGCGAAGGUGGUUUGCGACCAAGUUUACGACCGAAGGCUUCUUUAAAAAUUACCAGAGGCCGCUCUACCUGACACGAUCAUAAGGCACUCAUCGACUUUCCGUCGUUGAUAUUUACUAUACUCUAUUUUGUUGUUUUGAUAUUGUUUCUUGUUCUUCGUUGUUUGUGGUGUUUGCCUCUCCUCCCGCUUAUUCAAAUUAUUAGCUCCAGGAUUAUUUCGGGAGGUGGUACUGAGCUGUAACUGUAUAAGUAUUAAUUGUGACUGAGCGCCGUGGCAAAUGAAUAUGAAUUCGCGUAAAAGGUGGAGAACGCCAGCUACCUGCACUUAUAUUGCGAGGGAAUAAAGCCGUUAUUCUUGUUGCGCCUCUAUGUCGUGCCUUAAAAAAGUAUAAAUAGAGUAAUAUUACCUAAUACCAGUUUGUUAUGGUACGAGAUAGAAGAUCGCUGAAGACUGGAAUUAAAUUAAGGCUAUGCAGAAGCUUUCUAUUGUAGGCGAAACCAAAACGAAUCGGCAGAGCACACGACUUCACGGCACAAUAGAGAUGUUGAUCUUUUCCAGUUUGGCUCAAUUCGUAUCUAGCUAAUUGGGCUGAUAAUACAUCCUGUUUUAAAGAUUCAGAGAAGUUUUCCAUCGGUGAGUUUUUGAGUUUACCUAAAACCUUACGGCUUCUGGUUCGCUCUAGAAUUCUCAUCAUUUCUCUCCUACCGCCGUGAAUAUAGUAUUUUGGUACUGCCGAUUCGAACCAUGACGCUGGUCGCGGCAGCGGCAACCAGACUUCUUUGCGUUUCCGCGAUGGAUUCGCUUCGAUCUGCACCCUGUCGGCAAGCGGGAUGUAGUUUUAGGCCGGUGCUUCAGGCGAUGGCGAAGACGUUCACUACCAGCAGACCGCUAGAAAAUAAACAAGAAAGCUUCGCGCAGCUCGAGGAAUUCCGUUCCUUCUCUCUCCUCUCUACAACUUCUCUCGUUCUACUCGCAUCUCUGCUUCUUUCCACGUCCCAAAAAUUCUUAAGCCGAUAAAAAAAUCAAAAUGCAAGGAAGUCACGAUCUAAAAUUAGCUCUAGUAGUCUUUGUUAUUGACUGGUACUUCAAAAUGCUGCAAAACUGUAACUGAUGUAUCUCCACUAGCAAAGCCAGCUUCGCGUGGAAGUAGGCAUUAGAUAGAAGCAAUGCAAAUGUCAGUUAGCAUCAGCAUGUUGAUCCAAAUCAAAAAGAAAAAAGCGCCGGCCCCAAAAGCAAAACAACGUAGCUCCGGCACGCCCAGUGUGAUUCGUUGUCGUGGCUCCGGCGCGCCCAGCUCGGUCCCUCCAUUUCCGGCGAGCCCAAUCUGGUCGUCCCGGCUCCGGCGCGCCCAGAUCGGUCGACCCGGCCCCGGGGUUUCCGAUCUGGUCGCCCCGGCUUCGGCGCGCCCAAUCUGGUCAACCCGGCCCCGAAGGUGCAUGGACGUGACUCGACGGCGUCGGACAACUUCUGACCCGCCGGACUAUUCUUGGCGGUCCAACGGCCGUCGGGCAACUUCUGGGCCGUCGGGCACGACUUUUGGCUGUCCGACGGCUGUCGGACAACUUCGGACCAGUCGGACGCCUUUUGGCUGUCCGACGGCCGCCGGAUGACUUUCAGCUGUCCGACGGCCGUCGGACAACUUUGGAGCAGUCGGGCGACUUUUGGCUGUCCGACGGUCGCCGGACGACUUUCGGCUGUCCGACGGCCUUCGGACGACUUUCGGUUGUCCGACGGCCGUCGGACGACUUCUACUGAGCCGUCGGACGACUUUUGGCUCUCCAACGGCCGUCGGACGACUUGUGGCCGUCCGACGGCCGUCCGACGACUUUUGGCUGUCCGACGGCCGUCGGACGACUUUUGGCCGUCGGACGGCCGUCGGACGACUUUUGGCUGGAAACUCAAGCUCGAGCUUGAAACUCAAGCUCGAGCUUGAAACUCAAGCUCGCGCUUGAAACUCAAGCUCGAACUUGAAAAUCAAACUCGAGCUUGAAACUCAAACUCGAGCUUGGAACUCAAGCUCGGGCUUGAAACUCCAACUCGAACUUGAAACUCAAACCCGAACUGACAUUUGGAUUUGCAUUCUUUUAUGCCAAGGUAGUUAGUCUCUAUACCAGCAUGAUAAGAUUGUAAAUAACUUUAUUGUGUUGUUGAUGUAGCUUUCUUUUCGAGCUUCUUUUUUUACACUUUACUUUGUGUUUGUAUUGAUGCAACUGAAUCUGAAACAGAAACUACUUAUUUUCUGCGAAAAUCUUAAAAUCUUCCGAUCAUGGAGCCCUGUGAUAUUGGCUGAUUUUCGUUAAGCCAAACGCAGGUGGAAGAACUCAAAUGAUGAUACAAGAAAUGUUGUGUUUUGUUCCUGUAAGUGAAGUAGAGAAAAAUGAAAAAAGACUUUCCCUGGAGCGCCUGCCCAGCACCCGACUAGUCCGUCGAGCAAGCCCUGGUCACUCAUGUAGAACUAAG